AUAUUCCGUACAGAUUAACUUUGACGUAGAAAUACAUAUCUUUACGUUGAAAAGGUAGAAGAAUGUAUUUCAUUUGAUGUAAUCUGUUACACAAUGACGGUCCUGAGUAGAAUUAGUAAGGCCAACGGCCUUUCCUCGCUAAUAUCAAACAAAUGUGAUAAGAGGGGCUUUCGUACAUUGCCAUCUACAAAAAACCAAGUUGUUUAUUCAAAUCUGCAGUCAAAACGUACCAUAGUAACUGAUCUAGCAACCGACUUGUUGAAGGAAAGUAAAUUACCACCUCAGGUAUUAAAUCAACCACCAUGCCAUACGACCACUCUGAAGAAUGGUUUGAGGGUUGCAACCGUUACAAUGCCCGGCGCCGCCUCAACCAUUGGUGUUUGGAUCGAUAGCGGCAGUCGCUACGAAACACCCGAAACCAAUGGAGCAGCGCACUUUCUAGAACAUAUGAUUUUUAAGGGUACAAAAUCGCGUUCAAGGUUGCAGCUGGAAGAACAAAUUGAGCAAAAGGGAGCUCAUCUCAACGCGUACACUUCAAGGGAACAAACUGGAUAUUACGCAAGGUGUUUUAACAAGGACAUUCCGUGGUGUACCGAAUUGUUGAGCGACAUCUUGCAAAACAGCCUAAUCGAUAUCGAUCAUAUGGAAAAUGAAAAACAUGUUAUCUUGAGGGAGAUGGAAGAGGUAGAGAAAUCUGCGGACGAGGUCAUAUUUGAUCGCCUACAUAUGACUGCAUUCCGCGGUAACCCAUUAGGAUUUACAAUUUUGGGCCCUGUUGAAAAUAUCCAGAACAUGAAACGUGAAUAUCUUCUGGAUUACAUUAAGAAAAAUUACACUGCCGAUAGAAUGGUCUUUUGUGGAGUGGGUGACAUUAAGCACGACGAAUUCGUAGCUCUGGCUGAGAAGCACUUCUCAGGGAUUCAAAAAUCAACUGGAGAAAUCAAACUUGAGAAGCCAUUCUUUGUAGGAUCCGAAAUGUUGAAUAGAAAUGAUGAGAUGGGACCAAAUGCCCAUUUGGCUGUCGCAUUUGAAGGCGUUCCAUGGACUUCCCCAGAUUCUGUGGCAUUUAUGCUUAUGCAAAGCAUAAUUGGAAGUUAUAAGAAAGACCAAGGCUUUAUCCCUGGCAAACUUUCAGGAAACAAAACAAUUCAUGCUAUUGCAAACAGGAUGACCGUCGGAUGUGCUGAAAUGUUUACAGCAUUUAACACAUGUUAUAAAGAUACCGGCUUGUUUGGAUUCUACGCACAAUGUGAUGAAGUUGCUAUUGAUCAUUGUGUUGGGGAACUACUCUUUGGUGUAACAUCUCUUUCCUACAGUGUCACCGACGAAGAAGUGGAACGUGCUAAAAGGCAAUUAAUGUUACAAUUCUUGUCAAUGUCAGAGUCUACAUCUUCAGUAGCAGAAGAAGUUGCUAGGCAAAUUAUAGUAUAUGGAAGAAGGAUGCCUGUUGCGGAAUUCUUGCUGAGGCUGGAAAGUAUCGAUGCUGAAGAAAUCAAGAGAGUUGCAUGGAAGUAUCUACAUGAUGCUGAAAUCGCCGUCACCGCCAUGGGUCCAAUACAUGGAAUGCCCUCUCUAGUAGAUCUAAGGCAAAAAACAUACUGGCUCAGAUACUAG